CUUCUUUACUUCUCCUUCAUCGUCUUCCCUCGAAUUAGGGUUUUCUUUCUGGAGUUAAGAUUAUGAGAGGCGGUGGCAAGAGAAGAUCAAGCGGCGGCGGUGGUGGUUCCGGGAAAAGCAAAUCCAGAUCUCCGGGACACCGCGCGAGGACAAACUCCAAUUCCGCGGCGGGUUCUUCCUCCGGCGGUCGUCGCCGACGUACUACCAACACUCUGUUCGUGGAAGGAGGUUCUCUAGCCGAUUUCCCUAAAGAUCAUUCCUUUUCGACGCCGUCUCGCGGAAGAAGCUCUUCCGGGAAAGGAUCGAAGAAGCAGCCCGGAAGCUCAGAUCGUGCAGCCACGAGUGGGUUUCUGAGGAAAUGCACUGGUCAAAGCUACGCCUAUCAGUAUCCUUCGGGCGUCGAUGGUGGUGGUGAUCAUCAAAUGGAUGAACUUGGAUCGAAUCAGUUACUGCUGGGGAAGAAGACAGACGCGACGCAGAUCGUUGCGUAUCUUGAUGAUCAGGCGCCUUCUACUUCAUCGACAUCGAAAGAAGUGGUUAAGGUAAGUUAUGAGUACGAAUACGAACCGAGUUUUGUUUUGGGUGGUGAUGACGCCGACGGCUCACAUAAAGGACUUGGCUUUGAUUCUGAUGCUGCACCAAGUGGUAGUCUUUCAAAGGCAUUGGGAGAUGAAGAAACUGGUGGAGAGGCUGCUGCAAGUGAAGAUGAAGCUAUGCCUGAUGUUGUGAAAGUGAAACCGUCGAAGAGGAAUUCGGGGUUCAUUUCUAUAGGAGGGAUGAAGCUUUACACUGAAGAUAUAUCUGACGAUGAUGGUGAAGAGAGUGGUGGAGAAGAAGAAGAAGAAGGAAGCACUGGAUCUGAAGAGAGUGAGUCAUCUGAUGAGAGUGAAAGCUCGGAGGAUAUGUUUGGAAGUGAUAACGAGAUUGAUGACGCUGUUGCGAAGGAUUACUUGGAAGGUAUUGGUGGGAGUGAGAAUAUGUUGGAUGCUCAUUGGUUGGCAGAAGAGUCGUUAGAUCAACUGGAUUUGUCUGGAAGUGAUUCUUCUGCUGAGAAGAAGAAGACAGGGAAGAAGUUGACUGGUUUUGCUUUACAGAAGGCGUCAAUGGAGUAUGGGAAGAAGAAGUUGACAAUAAGUCAUUACUCUGGGCAUGGUAAGGCUACAAUGGAUGAUCUUAUGUUUGUGAAGGAUCCAAGAAGUCUUUCGGGGAAGAAGAAUAAGAAGACUAAGUUUCUUCCACAGUCUUGGCCUUCAGGGGCACAAAAGAGCAAGCAUUCUCGUACCUUUCCUGGUGAGAAGAAGAAACAUCGCAAAGAGUACAUUGCUUUGAAGCGUCGUGAGAGAAUGCUGCAGCGUGGUGUUGAUCUUGCUGAUAUAAACAUCCAGUUAGAGCGUUUUGUUCUGGACAAAGUGGACAUGCACUGUUUCCAGCGAAUGCAUAACCGAGAUUGCUCUCAGGUGAGACGAUUAGCAGAUGUGUACCGCUUAUCUAGUAGCUGCACUGGCUCUGGAAAGAAAAGCUUUGUGACGGUGACUCGAACGUAUCAGACGUGUAUGCCAUCUGCUAGCGAUAAGGUUCGCAUUGAGAAGCUUAUAGGAGCAGGAGACGAGGAAGAGGACUUUGCUGUGACCGGAGGGGUAAAGGGUAAAUCUGGAGGUUUAGAGAGGAAGAGAGUAAAAGACUCAGCCAAAAAGCGACCUACUAAAGAAGAACGGGAGAGAAACAAAAGCAGCGGGAAGAAGAGUUCAUAUGCUGAGCAGCCUGUUUCGUUUGUGUCAUGUGGUGUUAUUGAUUCGGAGAUCGCUGUGGCAAAGACCUCUUUUGAUGUCAACGAUGCAAAACAAGUGGCUGAAGCUACUCCGGGAGCCUCUAGUGGAGCAGAUAUUGGAGCAUUCGAGGUGCACACCAGAGGCUUUGGAUCUAAAAUGAUGGCAAAAAUGGGAUUCAUAGAAGGAGGCGGUCUAGGAAAGGAGGGUAAGGGGAUAGCACAGCCAAUAGAAGCUAUUCAACGUCCGAAAUCACUUGGUUUAGGUCUGGAUUUCUCCAUUGAUACCGACGAGGCAAGUCCAUCAAGCAAUAACGCUAAAAGGAACAGAUCUUCUUCCUCUGGGAAACGCGUCUCCCAUGACAGUGGUGGCUCUGGCUCAGGAAGAAUUAGAGACAAAAGAUUGGGAGCCUUUGAGCAGCACACAACAGGUUUCGGUUCGAGGAUGAUGGCGAGAAUGGGUUUUGUGGAUGGCUCUGGUUUGGGAAGAGAGUCACAAGGCAUAGUCAAUCCGUUGGUCGCUGUCAGACGUCCUAGAGCACGUGGACUAGGCGCUGAAGGUUAAAGAUUUGAGUGUUUUAAAUUUGAACAAGACAGUAGUACUUUUAAAAGUUAAUGUUCAUCUUUGUUUUUUUUUCAGUAUGACUACUACUUUGAACUAUGGCUUGAGCGUUGUUGAUUAAUAAACAAGUUUUUUUUACCUAA